CCUGGUGCCCGUUUCAUUACAUUGCUUUUCUGCCAAUUACACAUACCAGGAAAGAGUGAUGUGUUGAAGCAGCUAUUCACUUCUGCACAGCCGUGGAGACUGCACAGGAAUUAUUACAUGACACGCAGGGAAAAAAGGAGGGAGCGACUGCAGCUGUGAGUCGCCACCUGAGCGAAGAAGCACUUGAAGGGCACAAAGCUGAGUACAGAGGACGGAAAGCUUAACUGCAAAGAGUCACGAGUGUUUUUCCUUCUUCAGUCAAGCUAAGUGAUUGUAAGCGAUGGCUGAGGCCCAUCAGGCGGUGGGCUUCCAGUUCACCGUGCGUCCGGAAGGUGUAGACCUCAAACUAAGCCAGGAGGUCAUCACCAACAUCUUCCAGGCUGGAUUGACGGCACUGAAGAAGAGAGCCAUAGUAUUCAAGAAUGGUGUGUUGGCCGGCGUCUACCCGGCGAGUCCUUCUAGUUGGCUGAUUGUGGUUAUCGUCAUGAUGAGCAGUUUGUACACGGGCGUGGAUCCGUCACUCGGUGUGAUGCGCGCCAUCCAGGAAAACAUGCCGCUCAGAGGAUAUCUAUCAGUGCAGACCCGCGCGGUGCUGAGCUCAGUGGCGUUCGCCAGCGCGCUCUGGCUCUUCCUCAUCUACCUGCUCAGGUACACCCUCAAAGCUCUGCUCUCCUACCACGGCUGGAUCUUCGAGUCCCAUGGCAAGAUGAGCGCGUCUACUAAAGUCUGGCUGAGUCUGGUGAAGAUGUUUUCAGGGCGCAGACCGCUUCUUUACAGCUUCCAGGCAUCCUUGCCCAGACUGCCUGUGCCCAGGGUUGAAGACACCAUUCAAAGGUACCUGGAAUCGGUCCGUCCUCUGUUGGACGAUGAGCGAUAUAAGCAAAUGGAGAUGUUGGCUAAUGAUUUUAAAGAGUCAAAGGCUGCCCAGCUUCAGAGAUACUUGAUCCUCAAGUCCUGGUGGGCCAACAAUUACGUCAGUGAUUGGUGGGAGGAGUACAUCUACUUGAGAGGCAGAGGCCCACUUAUGGUCAACAGUAACUUCUACAUUAUGGACCUGCUAUACGUGACGCCAACGCACCGGCAAGCGGCUCGGGCGGGCAAUGUGGUACACGCCAUGUUGCAAUACAGACGUAAACUGGAGCGUGGGGAACUUGCGCCGAUGAGGGCUUUAGGAACGGUUCCAAUGUGCUCCACUCAAAUGGAGAGGAUGUUCAACACCACACGCAUCCCUGGCAUUGAAACGGAUUAUGUGCAGCACCUAAGUGACAGGAAGCACUUGGUGGUGUACCACAAAGGUCGCUUCUUCAAAGUGUGGCUGUAUACUGGAGGACGUCACCUUUUACCCAGUGAACUGGAGACCCAGUUCAGCCGGAUUCUUAACAAUACGUCCGAGCCGCAGCCCGGGGAGGUGAAACUAGCAGCGUUGACGGCAGGAAAUAGGGUUCCUUGGGCUCAAGCUCGAGUGAGAUACUUCAGCCAAGGAGUGAACAAAACCUCCUUGGACGCCGUGGAGUCGGCCGCCUUCUUCCUGGCGCUGGACGACGAGCCUCAAGGUUACGAUGCGGCCAAGAGCAGGUCUUUGGAUGCUUACGCCAAAUCGUUGCUGCACGGAAAAUGCUAUGACAGGUGGUUUGACAAAUCUUUCACCCUCGUUUCGUACCCAAACGGCAAAAUGGGAAUCAACGCCGAACAUUCCUGGGCCGAUGCGCCAAUAGUUGGACACAUGUGGGAGUACGUGGUUGCCACCGACUGCUUCCAUUUGGGCUACACGGAGGAGGGUCACUGCAAGGGGGACGUGAACAAAGGCCUCCCUCAUCCGUCUCGUCUCCAGUGGCUAAUUCCCAACGAGUGUCAAAAUUUGAUUGAGACGUCUUACCUGUCGGCUAAAAAGAUAGCGGAUGACGUUGACUUCCACGCAUACCUUUUUAGCGCUUUUGGAAAAGGUCUGAUUAAAAAGUGCAGGACCAGCCCAGAUGCUUUCAUUCAGCUGGCGCUACAACUGGCCCAGUUCAGGGACCAAGGAGAGUUCUGUUUGACAUACGAGUCAUCAAUGACACGCAUGUUCAGGGACGGCCGCACCGAGACGGUGCGUUCGUGCACGUCGGAGGCCGUUGCCUUUGUCAGAGCCAUGGAGGACCAUCAAGUAACAAACAAGCAAAGGUUGGUCCUGUUUCGGAACGCAGCCAACAAGCACCAGAACAUGUAUCGUCUGGCUAUGACCGGCUCUGGCAUUGACCGACACCUCUUCUGUCUCUAUAUUAUCUCCAAGUACACAGGCGUAGAGUCACCUUUUCUAGAGCAGGUUCUAUCCGAACCGUGGAAGUUGUCCACCAGUCAGACGCCGCAGCAACAACUCAAUUUGGUGGACAUCAAUAAGUUCCCCAAAUACGUUGGAGCUGGAGGGGGAUUCGGCCCAGUAGCUGAUGAUGGUUAUGGCGUGUCAUACAUCAUUAUCGGGGAAAACCUCAUCACAUUCCACAUCUCCUCCAAGUUCUCCAGCCCGGACACGGACUCGCAGAGGUUCGGUCAGCACAUCGACAAAGCCAUGAUGGACAUCCAAGCACUUUUCCAGGCCACAAAUGACAGGACCUUCCCAGUGGAGCUCAACGGCAAGAAGCACAUGUAGCUUAAGUUAUUACUCUGUAUAUUGUGAAUAAGAACCUUGUAAAUAAAUGAUUUUAUUGAUGAAUUAGUACUUUGAAUUCACGUUUGUCAAAAUAGUCUUGCUGUCCUCAUGACCAUAAAAGAGCCCAUGCUAGUAUUUACGUAUUUAUUUAUUCUGGUGGGGUCAAUACAAAAAGUCGAAUGAAUCCAAAAUAACAAACACUCAGCUAACACUUUCUUUCAAGGCAUCAGUUACAGCAAAAAAGUUUAGAACUGUACAAAAGUGGAACAAAACAAGCCGCGGUCCUGCUUGCAAAGUUUUGACGCAACACGCCAACAAAUGAGCGAUUCUUUAACUCAAACACUGCCACUGACGACGAUAGAUGUCCAAACCGUAAAGGGCUGGCCGUCUAUCACCGCCAAUGGCAGUGAUUGAGUUAAAAGGUGGAGUCCAAUGAGGUGAUGUCAUGCCACUCAAACUAGUGGACGCUGUAGUUGCAUGGUGAUGACGGAAGCGCGGGGGGAUUAUGUGGUGGCAACAGGCGUGGGGUUGACGGUCUGCGCAGCGGCGGCGGCUGCCUGCGGCGCCACCUCGAUAAUCCGCGGCUUGUCGAUGAUGCGCGCCGUGCGGUUGCCCUUCUCCACAAUGCCGAUGAUCCACGCCUGAUGGCCCUCACCGUACUUGGGGGACUUGAUUUCGGCGCAGAAGCGUGCAGCCUGCUCGCGGGGCAGACAGAUGAGUAGACCUCCUUGAUAGGAAAGGGACCCCCCAAAAGAUGUUUUAAUUAAGUUGAACAACAAUGUGAAUCAAGAAGCAUGAAUGCACCAAGGUGAAACCUACAGAAGGUGGAGGUUAUGUAUUUGGAUGCAUAUGUUAUGUUCAAGAUGACUGAAAAACUAAUAAAGGGAUUAUCAAAUUUGUGGAAUUUUUUUGCAACAUGAAUCGGAAGAGGUGAUUAAAUUUUAGCGUGAUGAGGUCAAA